AUGCAGGCCACACCCAAGGUGGUGGAGAAACAGGAGGAGGAGGAGGGGGAGGGGAAGGCAGAAGAGAACCCAUCCGAUCAAACAGGUCAGACCGCUGGCUGUGGUGUGGGCCAAGGACACUGUCGCCUUGGCUUUGCCCUGGAGCCCAUGGAGCUGAGACCUGAUGCCAACCACAAGGAGAAUGUGCCCCCCAGGCCUGCGGCGCCCCUGAGGCCAGAGCAGCAGAGGUUCCUGAAGAGCCGAGAUGUCGGCCUGGGCAGUGGACUUGGCCGGUGGGUGCGCUCGUACCAGGCCCAGAGGGGAGGGCCUGCCGCCACACCCUCCCCAGGGGCCAAGCUGCACCAGGAGACUUGCCGAGUCCAGACCAACCUGGCUGGCCCGAGCCCCGGCCUGAGCCUCGUCCUGAAGGACACAACUGGCCGGCUGAUGAACUCAAGCUUGCAACAGCAGAGCAACCUGGAGCGCCCGGCCGGCAGGCCCCAGGGGAGGGCCCGAGAGCUCGCCAUCCAGCAGAAUAACCUGAGCAUGAGGGGGACCAGCUCGGCUGAGUGCAGAAGUCCCAUCAGUCCCCACCUCUGGCCCCACACGACCCCUCUGUCCCCACACGAUCCUCGCCCCCAAGGAUCACUGGUUUGCCCAUCCUCCAGACUGAGACAGUCCCGGCUGCUGGCCACAGGCUCCCCCAGCCCAGACGUCCAACCCGCUGCAGGCUUUGCCCCUUUCAAUGGGCACACACGGCCAGGCUCCAGACUCUGGUGUGGCCUGGGGAGCUGGCCCUCUAGGCUCAGGGGGGAGCCCCUCACCCUGGAAGACCUGACUGUCCCUGUCCAGAGCCAAGCUCGGGGCCCAUCCCAAACUGCCAUCCACCAGCUGCUGGCCUCCGUGCGACACCUGGAGCACGCAGUUGCCCGUCUCGGGUGCCAGGCGUCCCAGGAAUCCAGCAGUGGCCAGGUACUCCCUGCCCACGCCCAGCCCAGCCAACCUGUUCUUGCUUCCUGGGAUGGGAGGAAGAAACACCUGCCAGGUCUCAGGGAAACUGCCGAUUUCCCAGAGACACAAGGGACCCAGGCUGGCCUCUCAGACUCUCAGGCAAACAGGAAGCCUGCGUCCCUGGAGACCACGCUGGGGAUCCUGACUGGGGAUUUCCUUGACCCUAAGCAGGGGGUCCUUCUGGCCAAGCCCCUGAGGCAAGGAGAGAACUUCUCCCCGGGGCCGACAUAUGGCAGCGGGCAGAGGGGAGGCCCCUGGCUCCCUCGAGGGGUGGGCAGCAAGGAGGCCAGGCUCUGCUCUCCGGCCCACUCCUGUGUGGCCCAGGGCGUCCCAGCUGGGCAGAAGUGGGGGCAGGUGAUUCUGCUGGAGCAGGUGACCUGGGUGGUGCCCGGCCCCCAGCUGCUUCCUGGGGCCCAGGGGCCAGGCCCACCCCCCGAUCAGCCCCGGUCUGGCCCCAGCUGGCAGUGGCUGUCCAGAUGUUUUGGAGCCUGGUGGCACUUGGUGCAGGGACGGAGGACAGCGGCUGCAGCAGAGGCCCUGGGCCACCCGCAGGUGUUACGCAGAGGCCUGGGGGCGCUUGGGCGGGCUCCGCGGCUCCAGGAGGCCCAGCUGGAGGUGGCGUGGAGGCGACACACUCAGGCCUUACUGGCCCAGAGCUUCCAGAAGUGGAGAAACCAGACUCUGCAGCAGAAGCAGGGGCAGCCACACGUCCAGGCUGGGCCGGGACCCCCACCCUCUGGGGCAGGACAAGGCCAAGAUUGGAAAAAGAUCACUCUGGCCACUGAGCUGUCAGUGCCUGGAGGGGCCCCGAGUGGAUGCGGGAGGCUGUGGAGGCCAUCCGGGCAUCCGGCGGUGAGGGCGUGGUGGCCCGAACAGGGUCAGAGAGUGAAGUGGCUUGUCCAAGGUUCAGCAGUGGCACGGACGACUCAUACCAGCGCCUUCUCUCGGUUCCCCAGGUGCUUUGGGGCCUGGCAGCAGUUUGUGCAAAGAGCCACCCGGUCCCGGGACCACCUGGCCCGCCGCCGGGCAGGGAGCCUGAAGUUAUAUCUGCAACAGUGGGUGCGGAUGAAGCAGCUCCGGGCCUCAGAUGGAGCGAAGGUGAUCCGGCUGUCCCUCUGCCGCCAGAAGGCGGGGAAUGUGUCCCUCUGCAGCUCAGCGCCUAGAGCGGCUACAGCCCGUGGCCUGGGGGUAGUGGCUCAGGCCCAGGGGCUGCCCCAGGAGCAAGGCGGGGGCUCCCUGCAGGAAGCCUGCCGGAGACUGGCCCUGCACCGGGCACUGCUGCUCUGGAGGACGAGGCUCUCCCAGCGCCAGAGGGCGGACUCCUUCCUCCGGGGCAUGCGGCAGCAGAUGAUUCGGCGUAUCCUGAAGGGGUGGCAUUUGAAGGCGGGGGGUCCGAGCACCCCAUCAGACAGUGCCAGGACCACCUUGGCCCCGGAGCUCCUGAGCGGCAUCCCAGGAAGGGAGCCCUUGCUGGGCUGCAGCCCACCCCGAAGCUCACUAGAAAAGGUGAGGGCAGGGGGUGGGGGGCAGGUGGGAGGAAAGGGUGGGGACAGGGCAGGGGCCCAGGGAUCCAGGACUCCAUCCCUCCUUCCCCAGGCUUCCAGGGCCCCCGCCCUCUUGGAGACCCUCCGGCUGAGCUUUUUGUGGGCCUCUGGGCAGCGGCAGAAGGCACGGUGCCUUCUGCUCUGGCAGGUGCAGGCCCAGCAGUCCCGGGGUGCAGCGAAGUGGCACCAGCGUACUCUUCAGAGGCGCAUCCUCCUCGGCUGGAGCCACUGGGCCACGGCCCGAGGGGCCCGGAGAGAGCUGGCUGCUGGCUGGGCCUGGGAGCGGAGCUGCAGGGCCGCGCUGGGCUUGUGGCGGAGGCGGCUGGUGCAGGGGCGAGAGGUGGAGCAGUGGGUUCGGGCGCGGGGCCGCACACUGGUUCGACGCGCCCUGAACUGUUGGCAUUCCUCCUGGCAGAGGCAGCAGUUCCUGCAUGCAAAGUAUCAGAGGUGGGUGCAGGUCCAUCUCCGGGGCUUGAGGAGGUCCGUGUUCCAGAACUGGCGGCAGGCAGCAGCUCGUCGGAGACACCCAGUGGACCCCCCAGAGCAGCUUCUACUGCACAGCCACUUCCAGGCCUGGUAUGGAGCUGAGAGAGAUACAGGGGUGGUCCCGGCCACGGGAGCCUCUCAGGAUGGCCCGAGAAAGGCCGUGGGGGCCACAAUUGCCAUGUGGCAGGAUGCCCGAGUGGCCAAGGCCUGGGCACAGGAGCAGUUUGUGGCCCGGGCCUCCGUGGCCCGCUGGAGAAGCCACGUGCAGGGGGGCCGGGCGGACAGGCAGCUGAGCAGGGCCCGGGCCCGGCAGGCCUUCGUAGCAUGGCAAGCAGCUCUGGGCCAGCGCCACAAGGCCCGCCGCCUGGCAGAAGGCAGAGUGGCCCUGUGCCGGACACAGCGGGUGCGUGAGUCCCGCCUACGCCGGGUCAGCCGAGCCCGGGCUGCCCAGAAGCUGAGCGCCAGUGUCCUAGAGGCCUGGGCCCAGUCGGCAGCCAGGGGCCAUGUCCAGCGAGCCACCAUCACCCAAUUCCAGCAGGCUGGGUCCAGACGCCUCCUGUGGACCCACUGGGCCCAGUGGCAGGCAGCGCUGCUCAGUAUGUGGUUGGAACCACAGGCGGAGGCCCAGGAGGCCCGUGCAGUUGACCUCAGGCAGUGGCCCAGGGUGGCCAACAGAAGGCGCCUCCUAGCGCUGACCAACACUCCAGCCCCAUGGAAGCAGACAGCUGGGGUAAGAGUAGCUGCGCCUGCGCCUGUGAGUGGGGUGGGUGGGCCCGGGGGCAGGGCCCGGGCCGGGCUGAGCCGGGGGGGCGGGCCCUCUCUCAGGCCAGUGCUCCUUCCUGGAGGAUCCACGGGGGUCCGUGGCUCUGCCCUUCUUCCCGGUCACGAAGGGGUCCUGAUGCUCUUGGCUAUCAGGGUGCACGCCAGGGCCUCUCCCCACCAGGAGGAAGUACCUGCAGCGCUGGCACCGCCACUAGAAAUGACGUCUCUCAAAGCAUCUGGGUCUCUGUACGGAUCAAGUCUGAAAGCGUGGGGUCAGGUGCAAGGAUCUGCAUUAGCGCACCUUAAAGGGCACCCUGCCCCCCGCCGCCCCGUCACAGCCCCUUCCUCCUGGUGCUGCAGAGCGGUAGGGGGAAGACACAGCAGAGGGGCUGGGGGGCAGCAGCGGCCCGGCCGGGGCCUCUCACUUGCCACCCCCACAGCUGAGGCAGUGGCACCUGAAGUGGGCCUGGCGUGUGUGGCGGCGGCGGGCCCUGCGGCUAUGGGUGGCUCAGCGAUUACAGCACCUUUCCUUCCUCCUCCCCGAUUCCAGGCCUUGGAGAAGUGGCGCCAGCACCUGGCAGCCAGGGGCUGGAAGAGAGGAGCCACCAGCGGCCUGAUACCCGAGCCAGGUGGGCAUCAGGAACCUGGGAGCAGGCUGGAAGCAGCUCGAGCCCGUGUGUGGGGACUUGAGGCGGAGCAGGGGACCCAGCUGCAGCUGUGACUUGUUCCCAUAGAAAGAAAAACAACACUGAGCCCAGCCUCCCUAAGGAAGGAACCACGCUCCACCCAUCAGGGGAGUGCAGCCUGGUGACAGAGGGGCCAGCUCCCUGAGCUCUGAAGGACAAUAAAACACAGUCCUUAGUCCUCGCUGCUUCUCUUGCUCAGCGUCUCCUAAGGGCCGCCCCUCUGCCUC